AUUGAAUUUGUUUUGACGUUUAUGGUGGUGCACUUAUAAAACUAGCUACAACUAAUUUUCAAUUAGCUAGUGCGUUUGGUCUUGAAUAUACGUGUUACACCAGAUAAAAAAUUAUGCGUUAUUAGCUGUAAAUACUCUACUAAUAAUCUACACAAGCAUUUAUACCGAAAACUUGCAUAGGAGACAAUAAUGGCAGAUACUCUAGUGCUAGAUUGGCUCGACGAAUUUGAGUCUUUAACCGAAAGCGAAAUACACACGUAUGCGAACGAGCAACAGCAUAAUCAUGAAGUCAUGAUAGCCCUUUACAACGUUUUGGCCGAACCGCAAAAAUACAAAUCCGAUAACCUAAUCGAUGGAAUUUGCCAGCAAUUGCUAAACUUCUACAGGUCCGGCGAAAUUUAUCUAAAAAGGUUCGCCGUCCAAUUCAUUCCAUCGCUAGUGUUCCUGCACCUCUCCGACAAAUCCUAUUCAGCCAUUCAAACGCUACUAGUGAGCUUGUACAACCUGGAGGUUAUUGAUGCUAAAGGUCAACCUCGUACUCUCUCGUUUAGAAUCCCGAGCAUCGCUCAAUCUUCGAUCUUCCACGAUUCCAGUAUUCUCGAGCCGGCCUUCAUAGCGGAAAAUUCCCUGCGAAGGUGGGAAGAAUGCAAUACGAAAUUGGUCAGUUGGGGACCUUUGUCGCAGGUCGAAUGCCUCAAUGCUCAGAACCGACAGAGAGUAUCCACGGCCCUCAUCUUCCUCUACAAUCAGCAAAUCGCCAAUGUAAUCUUACAAGGAUUAGAACAGACCUGUAAAGGAAUAUCCAGAUUAGUUACGCAAGGUUUUAAUACGAAUUCAGAUAGCAAUAGAAGUUCGUUAAGCGAUAGCAGUAUACAGAAUGUCCUCAGUCCAAGGAUAUCUGUAUCGAGUACUCUUUUAAUUGAAUUACUGCAUAUCGUUUACCAUGGAGCUGAAAGAUGCGCAACUGGGGCAGUUCAAGCCCUUGACGAUAUAAUCCAUAGGGCUAAAUACGAAUCUUUUGCAGAUGUACUACUGGCUGGUAACGCUAUCAGAAGUUUGCUUCAACAUUCUUCUACGGCGAGUUGCAUUGCACCGAGGCCUUCGCACGCUCACAGCAUAUCGAAAUCGAUGAUAACGAAUGCAUCGUUUAGAACGAAGAAACUUCCCGACGACAUUCCCAUUCAAGACCCGAACCAGCCGAUGGCCGCCGAGGCGGCGCUGGACUCGAUCACCGAAGAGCAGGAGGACAUGGAGAAGGUGAAGACCAAAAGCUCCGUCAGUGCCUUGAAACAUUUGCCGAAGAUACCCGGAAUCGGUAAGAAACACAAGGCGAAAAACAACCCGCAGGGCGAUCACACGACGGAAAUGGCCGCCAUUGGCGCGGAAAUGGCCAACGAUGUGUUAACCGAUAGCAACCACACGGUGCACGUUAGCGCCGUUUGAACGGACGAGAAACGUUAGGAAUUUUAAUGUAAUGCACGAUUGGGAUGUUUCCGAUGUUCUGGGGAAUUGUGCUGUAUAAAGGACAUUCCCGCUCGCUAGGCAAUGACGUCACGAGCCGA